AUGGAUAAUGUACCCUACUCAAAUGCAGUUGGCUCUAUUAUGUAUCUUAUGUUAUGCACAAGACCUGAUUUAUCUUACUCUAUAAGUGUCCUUAGUAAGUAUAUGGCAAAUCAUGGGUUAGAGCAUUGGAGGGCAAUGAAAUGGGUAUUCAACUAUCUACUGGGCACUACUAACAUUGGUCUAAGGUUCACUAAGCACUCUAACAGUAACCUAAUAGAGGGAUACAAUGAUGCUGAUUUUGAUGGGGACAAAGAUCAUAGAUAUUCUACAUCUGCUUACUAUUUCCUAGUGGGAGGUAACUGUGUUAGCUGGAGAGUUCAACUACAACCUAUAGUUGCUUUAUCUACAACAGAGUCAGAAUAUGUACCAGUUACAGAGGCUAUUAAGGAGGCUAUAUGGCUAAAAGGGCUCAUGGAAGAACUAAGGUAA